CACUUCCUUCAAGGAUUCUCCAUUUUAUUUCAUACUUGAAGACUGUUAAUAAAUCACUCUCUAGCUAAGAACAAUUCAAUGCUAAAGCACUUAGCUUAUCUGACCUUCACAUUAAUUAUUUUUAUGACAGCAGCAGGAACUUUCAGCUGCUUUUCCCCCUUCCUUAUGAAGCCAUGUGGCCCCAAGCAGACACAGUUCCCUUACUACGCUUAAGGGUGGGCUUCUUAGACCUGUGCAUAUCUUAAAAGCUUUCCCUUGAAUGUGUCAAUCCAAACUCCAAGUUUCCUCAGCAGAUUUAAGGGGCUUUAAAUCUACUUGAGCAUGAGUGUUAUGAGAUGACUUUGAAAUUCUUGCAAAAACUGAAAGUGAAAUGAGGAAGACAGAUUGAGCAAUCCAAUCGGAGGGUAAAUGCCAGCAAACCUACUGUACAGUAGGGGUAGAGAUGCAGAAAGGCAGAAAGAAGAAAAUUCAGGAGAACUCUCCUGAGCGGUGAGCCAAGCCCUGCCAUGUAGUGCACGCAGGACAUCAACAAACACAGAUAACAGGAAAUGAUCCAUUCCCUGUGGUCACUUAUUCUAAAGGCCCCAACCUUCAAAGUUCAAGUAGUGAUAUGGAUGACUCCACAGAAAGGGAGCAGUCACGCCUUACUUCUUGCCUUAAGAAAAGAGAAGAAAUGAAACUGAAGGAGUGUGUUUCCAUCCUCCCACAGAAGGAAAGCCCCUCUGUCCGAUCCUCCAAAGACGGAAAGCUGCUGGCUGCAACCUUGCUGCUGGCACUGCUGUCUUGCUGCCUCACGGUGGUGUCUUUCUACCAGGUGGCCGCCCUGCAAGGGGACCUGGCCAGCCUCCGGGCAGAGCUGCAGGGCCACCACGCGGAGAAGCUGCCAGCAGGAGCAGGAGCCCCCAAGGCCGGCCUGGAGGAAGCUCCAGCUCUCACCGCGGGACUGAAAAUCUUUGAACCACCAGCUCCAGGAGAAGGCAACUCCAGUCAGAGCAGCAGAAAUAAGCGUGCCAUUCAGGGUCCAGAAGAAACAGUCACUCAAGACUGCUUGCAACUGAUUGCAGACAGUGAAACACCAACUAUACAAAAAGGAUCUUACACAUUUGUUCCAUGGCUUCUCAGCUUUAAAAGGGGAAGUGCCCUAGAAGAAAAAGAUAAUAAAAUAUUGGUCAAAGAAACUGGCUACUUUUUUAUAUAUGGUCAGGUUUUAUACACUGAUAAGACCUAUGCCAUGGGACAUCUAAUUCAGAGGAAAAAGGUCCAUGUCUUUGGGGAUGAAUUGAGUCUGGUGACUUUGUUUCGAUGUAUUCAAAAUAUGCCUGAAACACUACCCAAUAAUUCCUGCUAUUCAGCUGGCAUUGCAAAACUGGAAGAAGGAGAUGAACUCCAACUUGCAAUACCAAGAGAAAAUGCACAAAUAUCACUGGAUGGAGAUGUCACAUUUUUUGGUGCAUUGAAACUGCUGUGACCUACUUACACCAUGUCUGUAGCUAUUUUCCUCCCUUUCUCUGUACCUCUAAGAAGAAAGAAUCUAACUGAAAAUACCAAAAAAAAAAAAAAAAAAAAAAAAGAAGAAAGAAAGUAGUUGCCAUUGCCUUUUCUGUGAGCUAUUUGUUUUGGUUUGCGGAAACUAGUCCAAAACAGGAAAUUUAACAGACAGCCACAGCCAAAGAGUGUCAUGUGAAUUACAAGAAAUAGAGCCCAUUUACGGAAAGAUAGAACUAGAAAGGCUUUUCAUUAUAAUUCCAUGUUGAACAAUUGAGUCAUAGCUUCUUAUCUUGGAGGAAGGGCACAAUUCAAAGGGGCAGUAAGGAUUUUGUAAAAUGUGGCAUCCAUAAUUUACUAUGGAACAAGUGCCCACAUCUCUAGGACAUUAAGACAUUUAUAAGAAAUCUCAGGAGUCAUCUUCUGUUUUUAUGUUAAAUGCACUCCCUCCUUUUCAGUUAACAUUAUAAAAAGUAAAAAAUAAAAAUUUUAGAAAUCUUGCAUUAGAUACAUGAAAAAAAUAAAAGUUUAAAUUUAAAUAUGAAACAAUUUGGCUGAAAAUAGUAUCCAUGUAGUAUUUAAGUGUUGUAUGGUUAUUUCAAGUACGCAAUUUCUAUCUAUAAUGUAAUAUAUUACCCACACAUUUUUUUCACAGGAGAGAGAGAAUAUCCUCAUUUGUUUAUGCUCGUGUGUAUUUUCUGUAGUGAAUUUCAGAAACUUUAAUUAUCAGGUAAUUUCAAUUUAUGCAUAUAAAGCAUUGAUUGAAAAGUAACUGUAAUUGUGCAUAUAUAACAACAUAAUCUCCAACAGAAGUUACUGAAUACAUUCAUACUAAUGUAAUGUAAUUUCCCUUUAUUUCUUGCUCUUCUGUUUCAAACUGCUGCUAUUGUAGUUUACAUAUCCCAACCUUUAAAAAUAUUCCUCUUAUUAGCUUUAUAUUCACUUUAUAGAGGUUGAGUUUUAAUUACAAUUCUUGGCAUCCUGAAGUAUGUCACAUACCAUGUGCUCCUUAUAAAUAUGUUGAUAUCUCAGAAGACAUCAUCCCAGUUUUCAUUUUAUAAAGUACCAUACUUAAGAAUGCUGUAAUACUUAUCUUUUAUAACAUGUUUCCUUUGCUUUGCUUGUCUUUUAUGUCAUUGGUUUUAACUGUUUACUUCAUUUAACAGUUUACAUCGUUCAACAGUUUACUUCAUUAAACAGUAGGUGAAAAAUAGUUGCCAUUCUAUGAAAAUGUUCCCAUCUAUAUCAAAAUACUUUUCAAGGAUAUACUUUUCAAAACAAACGAUUUAAAUUUUAUGUUUAAAAUCUAAACUUUAGAUUUAAACUUUAUUUAAAUAUCUGGUUCCUAUGAUUCCGACUUCAGUAAGUUCAAAUAAAAUAUAUUUUGCAAUUCGUUUUGUUUUUACAUUAUCAUUUUAAAAGAAGAAGUGAUAAGUGGAGUCAGAGUUUUAAUGCUAGGCGGGGUGAUUAAUGAUUUUUCUGUUGUUGCUGCUAAUGUGGAUUAACAAAUAAAAACAUUCAUUGCCUUUUG